AUGAAUAAAUGCAUGAAAAUACCUAUAAUUUGGAGAAUUAUUUAGGCAUCGUUAUUUCAUUCAGUAAUAGUAAAUUUGUUUAAAUAACUAUAAGCCUUGGAUUUGUCAUCAAUUACAAAAUAAUAAGUCAUGUAAAUAAAUUUAUAGAACAAUCCAUUACCUAAUUUUAAUCUUAAAUAAGUCGAUAACUAAAAUAUCAACAACUAGGUUGUUGAAUAAUAACUCUCGAAAUUAUAUGAAAUUGUAAGGAAUACUUUUUAUUUAGAAGUUUUUUUCAAAAAAAUUCUUAAGCUUCAUUACGAAUCUGA